AUGUGGAUGUACAAGAUGUUGAGGUCAUUGAAUGCUUGGUUAUUCUGUAUAAUCUAUGCUGGUAUAAGCAAUGGCAACAACAAUAGUAACAAGCAUAAUAUAACAAUGGCCACGUCAGCGAGUGGCAGUGUUAGUGCCAAGCACAUCUUUGAUCAUAUACAGUCACGAGUGUCACAGUUGUCGGGAUCAUUGCCACGCCAUCUCGCCAUCAUUCUGGAGCAUGAAGCAUCAAACAACAUGGCAUUGCUUCAUAAGUUGGCCGACGUGUUGAUGUGGUCUGUUAUGGCUGGCAUCUCGCGUAUCACAAUCAUGGAGCGCACUGGCGAGUUGAAGAAGCAGUUGGACAUCCUACAGCAUACACUGGAGGGUCAGCACAAGAGGCUCACCGUUGACAACGACAACAACAACGACAACAACAUCACAUUCUCAUUCAAUUGGUUGAACAAGUCAUCGAAUGAUCAUCACAGCCAUGACGCUGACCACGGUCAUGCUACCGUUGCACCAAUCACAAACCAACGCGUUCUCGACAUUAGUGUUGUAUCGGCGGACGAUGGAAAGUUGGAGCUGGUCAAUAUUACAAAGAAGUAUACAAAGGAGCGCAAGCUGGAUGAGUCACUAGAGCUCAAUGAGCAUUACAUUCAAUCAAACCUGCCACGUCACAUUGGAGGCGAGGGCAGUGAGCCCGAGAUAGCAAUGGACUUCACCGAACGCAACAUCCUAAGUGGAUUCCUACCCUGGCAUGUCAAAUUGACAGAGUUCAUCAAGGUUGAUAACUUCAAUCAAAUGUAUCUUGAGAAGUACUUACAUGUAUUGCAAACUUAUGGACGAAUCGAGAAGCGAUGUGGAAAGUGA